UGCGGGCCAGGAAACCGCCAUGAAGUUUCGCGCCAAGAUCGUGGACCUGGCCUGUCUGAAUCACUUCACACGUGAGCUGGCAGGGCUGCGGGGAGCGAGCGGAGAGUGCGACUGCAGCCCUGGGUCAGUAACAUGAUAGCCAAGCUUGCCAAAACCUGCACCCUCCGCAUCAGCCCGGAGAAGCUGAACUUCAUCCUUUCGGACAAGUUGGCCAGUGGUGGGGUGAGCAUGUGGUGUGAGCUGGAGCAGGAGAACAUUUUUAGUGAAUUUCAAAUGGAAGGAGUCUCUGUAGAAAACAAUGCGAUUUAUUUAGAAUUAACAUCAGAAAACUUAUCCAGAGCCUUGAAGACUGCCCAGAACGCCAGAGCCUUGAAAAUCAAGCUGACUAACAAACACUUUCCCUGUCUUACCGUGUCUGUAGAGCUGUUGUCCUCAUCAAGCAGCAGUAGAAUUGUGACACAUGAUAUCCCCAUAAAGGUUAUUCCUAGAAGAUUGUGGAAGGACUUACAAGAACCGUCUGUCCCAGACUCUGAUGUCAGUAUUUACUUGCCAGCCUUGAAGACUAUGAAGAGUGUUGUAGAAAAAAUGAAAAACAUCAGUAAUCAACUGGUUAUUGAAGCAAACCUAAAUGGAGAACUGAACCUAAAGAUAGAAACUGAGUUGGUAUGUGUGACAACUCAUUUUAAGGAUCUUGGAAACCCUAUAUUACCCUCUGAGAGUGUCUCUCAAAGCAGACACCCAGAAGACAUGGCCGAGGUGCACAUCGACAUAAAGAAACUCCUCCAGUUCCUUGCAGGACAGCAAGUGACUCCCACCAAGGCUGUGUGCAAUAUUGUGAGUAACAGAAUUGUUCAUUUCGACUUGCUUCUGGAAGAUAUCUCCCUUCAGUAUUUCAUCCCAGCCUUGUCCUAGCACCAUGACAGCCGACUUGGCAGCACAGAGACCUUUGUUGUGACCAUAGAAGCACUGGAUGGUGUCAGCUGUCUGUCCUCACAGCACCACAGACUUGUACUGGCUAUCUCUCCCAAUGCUGCUUGAAGCAGAGACAGAAUUAAUGAAGGAAGCACAGCUGUAUAAUCAUUUCUUCAUAUUACUCAAGACCAGCACCUAUCCCUUCUCCCCUGGAUCUGAGACAUUAAGAAGAAAAGAUAGAAUUUAUUUUUA